GUUAGUCAACGCAACUCGCAAGUUUUGGUCUACAAAGAAAUAAAUAGAGCUAUUAGCGUUAACUUCUACAACGAAACCCGAACGUCAUUCAUGAUGCGCGAAUGUGUAUGUAUUUUAACAAGCGACAUAUAGUGGUUCCAAAAUUAUCUAAUAUUAGUGCGUAAAUCUUUUGGAAUUCUUUAAGGUUAAGGUUGGCGCUUCAUCAUGGAAGAAUCCUCAAAGUUUCAACAGAUGCAAGAUGAGAUGUCCAGGUUUGAAGCUGAAAUAUCAGGAGGCACUGGACGUGCAGUGAUCGGAUCUGGCACAUGGGAUGCCGUGCAAGCCCGUCUAGAACGGGUGGCUCCAAUGCAGGCCCCACCAGAACCCAGCCCUUCGAUCAUGGCACCAUACGAGCCUACACUUGUGUACCCUGCAGUACCUCCACCACCACCACCACCAUCCUUAUUGGUGCCAGCCCAAGUGCAAAGACUUCGAAGUUCAACUGCAGCUAUGGAUGGAUUUGGUAGUCCAAUACCGUUCCUUCGGCCUGGACUACCAGGCCCACAAUUAAUUCCUCCACCUCCACCCAAACCUCAACCUGUGGUUCUGUCUGCUGCUCCUAAACUUUACAAGCAACCAAAAGAGGAUGAUGACAAAAAAGAGAAGUCUGCAAGUAGAAAACGGAAAAGAGAUAGGUCAAGUGAGCCACCCGCGCCUGCUCCUGCGCCCCCGGCCCCUCUCGUCCCGCCCCCCGCACCUGUCAUCACUGUUGAUGUUACCGUUAAACCCAAGAAGGAGAAGAAAAACAGGAAGGUCGUGAGGACUGCAGGUGGUCAAGUGUGGGAGGAUGUGACAUUGCUAGAUUGGCCUGAUGAUGAUUUCAGAAUGUUCUGUGGGGACCUCGGAAAUGACGUUACCGAUGAAUUGCUUAUCAGAACAUUCAGCAAAUACAGUUCAUUCCAAAGGGCCAAAGUGAUAAGAGACAAGCGAACAAAUAAAAGCAAAGGGUUCGGUUUUGUUAGUUUCAAAGAUCCGGGAGACUUCAUUAAAGCCAUGAAAGAAAUGGAUGGUCGGUACGUCGGCAGUCGUCCCAUAAAACUACGCAAGAGCACCUGGAAGAAUCGAGCCUUGGACAUUGUGAGGAAAAAGGAGAAAGAGAAGGCCGCGUUACUCUCUUUACUGAUGACUGGAAAUAAAGGCUGAUCGAGUUGGAUGAGUGGCACAACCUCCCGCUUGCGUCGUGUUAAUACGUUUCUCAUUUAGGUCGUGUGUUCUUAAAGUGCUGUUAUAUUGUCAGAUAUAAUGUAAAGUUCUGGAGGAAUUCAUUUUACAAUAAAAUACUAUAGUUCAA